AUAAAAUUCCAAUGUUGGUCAACAUUUAUUGGCAAACAGGUGGUAAGGAGCUGUUUUGUUUAGAAUUUAAAAGAUUCUGCCACAAAUGUCAUCCUCCGACGAAGAAGCCUCAUCAGCUACCGAGCAUGAGGACAGUGGCGAUGACGAGACUCAAAAUGCCAUUCGGGAUGACCUGAAGGGCAUGUCGUUUGAAGAGAUCAUGAAGCUGAAGGAGGAACUAGGUGCUAGGGUGUAUAAGGAGGCAGUCCUGGGGGCCCAGGGCUCCAAGGAGACUGCCCGAAAGCCAAAACCAAAAACGGAGCUCAAGCGCCUAAACAAAAACCGACCCCGCGAAAUGAGCUCCAGGCGCCAGGUGCCCUUUCUGGGCGCCGACCAGCGGGCGGAGCGCAAGAAAGGCGCCACCGAGGUCCGAGAUCCCCGGUUUGACGAGAAGUCGGGCACCUACAACGCGGAUACUUUUAAGAAGAACUACCAGUUUGUGUCGCAAAUCCGUAAAAAGGAGGUUGGUCAACUUAAGAAGCAGCUGGACGAGGUGGAGGAUCCCCAAGAGAAGCACCAAAUCAAGGACACCAUGCAGAGGCUGAUAAACAAGAACGUGGAGGACAAACGGUGGCACACCAAACAAAAGAAGGUGAAGAAGGAGCUCGCCGGUAUCCAAAAGAAGCACAACCAAGGACAGCAGCCCCACUAUCUCACAAAGAAGGAGCGCCGUGCUAAAGAGUUAGUGGCCCAGUUCGAGCAGCUAAAGAGCACAGGAAAACUGAACAAGCACCUGGAGAAGAGGCGCAAGAAGAACGCAGCCAAGGAUCGCAAGCGCAUUGGCAUAGACUAAGUUCAUCCUUUAAGAAUAAAUGUAUUUCUCAUAGAAACAAGACACAAGGACUAUCCUGUACGCAA